UUUGGUUCUUAUUAAAAAAAAAGCCACGUAAUUAUAUUUCGCAAGUUCUUUUUUCUCUUACUACUCAAAACAAUGUCUGCCUCAACAGAACCACCUAAAGCCUCUGAAGAACCUGUUCUCUCUGACGAACUCAUUCUUGAAUUUGAACAACAAAUUAAAGACGAAGAAGCACAAAAGAUACCACUUGUAUGUCAAGAAGAGCCCAUUAGUCGAUUAGUUGAAGAAUAUAAAGACAAUGAACCCUUUUUGAAAAAAAUCAAUAAUCUCAGCAAGGAACACGAUAAAAUCCGAAGAUGUCGCGGUGAUGGUAACUGCUUCUUUCGAGCAUUUGCAUUUGCUUGGUUCGAAAGUGCAUCAAAGAAUACCGACUUGUAUGCCGCUCGUCUUUCCAAAUUAAAAGAGACGUGUGAAUUAUUAGAAUCUAGUGGGUUUGAAAAACUAGCCUACGAGGAUUUCUAUGAAGUCACUUUACAACAAUUCGAACAACUUAAUAUCAAUGAUCCCGAUAUGUUACUCGUCGCCUUUCAAUCUGCUGAAUCCAGUAACGCUAUUGUCAUGCAUUUCCGUUUCAUUGCUUCUGCCUAUCUACGCAUCCAUGAUGCCGAAUACGAACCUUUCUUGAUAGAUGAAAUGAUUUCAAUUCAAGAGUUUUGUUCGAUGCAUGUCGAGGCCUUUGGAAGAGAAUCAGACCAUUUACAAAUUAUUGCCCUCAGUAAAGCCUUGGAAGUGCCCAUUCAAGUCGUUUACUUGGACGGUGGUUCAAACGAUCAAUGUGCAGUUCAUGAAUUCUGGCCGGAAGAGGAAGAUAAAUCAAAGACCCCAAUCAAAUUAAUUUACAGACCAGGUCAUUACGAUAUCUUGUAUAGCAAUAAAUAAUCGAUAUAAACAGCACUAGCCAAAUAUGUUAAUUAACAAGUUAUGUUUGCAUAUACACCUUACACACAAUGCUUGUAAAUAUCCUGUUUUUUUAUAUUUAUAUUAUUCUACCUCUAUAUUUAUAGUAUAAUAAUAAAGCACUUAAAUUUAUCGCACGC